UAAACGUCUCGGCUGAACUGCGUUGUGUGAAUGUUUCGAGGAUUUAUAACACGUGGUGAAACAAUGCAUCAGCGAUUUUCAGUUCUAGGAUUAAUUUUUUUCAUUUUAGUGUCGGCUGAAAAUCAAUUAACAUUAUUGAACAAUGUACAUUAUAAAUUGAUUGAUACGAAUAGCAAUAAAUCGACUGUAAGAUUGAAAGAAAUAUUUCUGAAUAAGAAAUUUGUUGACAAUGAUUCAAUCCUUUACAACUACAACAUGACGAAAGUUGAGCGUAAUGAUUCACGGAUGAUCCAUUAUCCACGUAUUGCUAGACCGUUAAAAGAUUCAGCAUCAGUAAUUUGUACGCAAAAAAAUCGAAUCCAAAGACAUAUUCCAAGAAAACAUAAUGAAAAAGAUACUCCCAAACAGUAUAUUAAAGUUAUAUUAGAUUUAAAAUCUGGAAACGAACAAGAUACGAUGUUUAACAAUGAUAGUGUAAAUUAUUAUAAUUAUAAAGAAAAAAACACUAAUGGCUUAAUAGAUAAUUGUAAUAUAAAUACUGAAAUAGAAAGUAAUUCUAAUCCAGUAACCAAUAAUGUAAGCAAAUCACAUGAAAGAAAAAGAUGCAUACAGAAAAAAUUAGGUUCAAUAAAGCGUCAACAAUCAGAAGAACUAUUGACAGAAAGUAUAGAGGAUGAGAAAAUAUCGGAACACAGAUGUAGAGAUUGUAAAUUUUUAAAACAAAAUACAAAUCCUGAAGAACCUAAUAAUAUUCAUAAUAAUUGUAGUUCACAAUUGAAACAAACUUAUGACGAUUAUUUCAUUGAUAUUUUAAAACAAUUAAUUGAAAAAUUAGAUAAAGCAAAACAAUCAAAAUCUCUCUCCCGCAAAGAUUUUUUAGUACAGAAAAGUAAUGAACUACUUUCAUUAAAAAAUAAAUCAGCUGAAAAGACAAACAGUUCUUCCGAAGGAGAAUUAAAACUUACAUUUGAAAAAAUGAAAGGAAAUUGUAUUAUGGAUAAACUUGAUUUCAGUCCUGAAAAUAUAUCUGUAAAUGGAAAGUGGGUAAAAAAUAAAAUUAAAGGAAACAAAACUCAUGAAUUUUAUCCUGUGAUAAUUAAUCUCACAAAUGAAUUAAUAUAUAAAAAUAAAACUACUUCAAGAGGUGAUAUGAACACAUUUGAUGAUUUAAUAAAUUCAAACGAUCAAAUAAUAGAAACUAAUCAAGAUAUUUCUGAUAACUUAAAUAAUUUGAAAGUAACUGGAACACAAGAAAAUAAAGAAAUUUCAAUAUCUCCAAUUUUAGAAAAUAAUGAACAUUUUUUAGUUACUAGAGAAACCCCAAGACCUCUUUAUUUGUCAUUCGAAUCAAAAGAUAAAUUAGGUUCUACUAUAAUAGAUGAUAGUAAUAAUUGUAAAUUUACAACUGCAGAUCUUACAGACCCAUUUGAAAAAAAAAAAAAUUCAAAUCACAAAGCGCAUAGAAAUCAAGAUAAGUCAUUAGAAUCAAUCACAGGUAACUUUAAAACUACGUCAAAUGUUGAGUUAAUCAAAGAUCAAAAAUUUGAUAUAAAUGAUAAAUUAAAAACUAAAACUUCAGAUGAAAUUGUUGAGUCUAGUCUUGAUGAAAACGAUAACCCAGAGGAAUUAAAUUCAAUUUCAGUUAAGAUAGAUAAUUUAAAUUGUAGCUGCAAUAAGAAAACUAUUAAGAAUAUGAGUUCAACAAUAAUGAAAAAUAUCACAGAAAUAAAAACUGAUACAUACACAUCACCAAAGAAUUUUAAAGUUAAAGGUCAAAAACGAUCAAAUAAAUCACAAAAAUUUGAAAAAAAUCAAAUACCUUUUAUUGCGAGCAUUAAAGUUGAUGUACCGAAAAAUAAAAAAAUUCAAAAGUCAGUGCUCACUGUUAAAGAUAACAAUUCACAGAUUAAAAGGGGUCAUAAAGUAAAUACAAACUUACAAAAUAUUUUAUCUGAAAAUUCCGAUUUGAAAUUUGAGGACCAAAAAAAAAUAAAUAACAAUGAAAAAACCUAUAAUGUCGAUGAAAUAAAAAAUAAAAGAAUACCAUCCAUUCACAAGAUUUUAUCUCAGAAGUAUCCUAGAAAUUAUAUUAUACAACUUAAACAAAAUGUUUUAAGAAAACCUCAGACUGACAUGAAAAAUAGUUUUGAAACAUUUAAUAAUAAAAACAAAACUAACACAAAUACAGAUAUGACGAAUAGUACUUCCAAGAUAUUAGACCGACCACAAAAUAAAAUUUCUAGUCAAAUUUUACCACAAAGUAUAGAAAAAAAAUCAAGAAAAAGCGAAAAUCUUGAUAAAAAUAAUGCAGAUAUAUCUUUAAAAAACGUUGUAACAAAAUUUAAAUUUGAUGCUCCAAUUAGUUCAAAAAUACACACAGAAAGAAACUAUGGUAGAUAUAAUGCUUUUUCUAUACCGGUGGACAAAAAAAAAAAUUCUAUGAUUGUAUCACCUGUAUCAAUGCAAAGUAUAACUAAGCCUUUAUUUAAAACUAUGUCAAAAAAAUCAAAUAUUGGAUUGGAUUAUAAUGACGUUAAUAUUACUGAAAAUAAUACAAGAAAACUCAUUACAGGAUCUUACAUGGAUAAAACUAUCAAAGAGAAUAUCGAUAAUAUGAAAAAAACAGUAAAUUCUCGAAAUUCCCAAUUAGGUUUAGUAAAAAAAAUUGAUAACACUAAAAUAUAUACAGGACCAAAAAAUACAUCGAGAAUUAUUGAAAAUGAUCCAACAGAUGAAAAACGUAUUAUUGUAAAUAAAACUGCUUUACAAUUAAACAAAUCUAAGCCUAUUCAGCUUAUUCAAACAUUAAAUCCUUUAAGCAUAACAUCACAAAAAAAAAAUAAUAAUAUAAUAUCAAAACGUAAAUUAAAAAACUCUCUAAAUGAUAGGAAUAUAACAGAUAUUUUAGUGUCUUCAAUUUCAAACCAAAAAUUACCGAUAGAAAAAUAUGAUAUCUUCGAUAAAUCAGGGUUAGUUUUAAGAAAUAAAAAUACUUUAAACGAUGAUAAAACAACAGACUCGUUAGUUUUUACUAAAAAAAAUGGAUCAAGUCCAAACUUAAAAAAAUUGAAAUAUGAAUCUAAUUUGAAUAAAUUACCACAAGCUAAACUUCUAAAAGUACCCCCAACAGGAGAUCAUUUUGAUCAUGAACAUGCACCUUAUAAAUAUGAUGAUUUGAAGCCAAUAAUAUUUAAUGAAGCAACGGAAAAGCCUAAAUUGUCAAACCGAAAUUCUAGAUUAUUUUUCCAACAUCCAAGUCAGCAACCUUUGUAUGGAAACAAAUUCCAUAAUACACCAGAUUUUAAUUUUUUACAGUCAGUACCAAUCAUUCGACCUGAGAAUGAUGAUUAUUCUAUGUGGACGAAGAACAACGGCGAAGAAAUAAACAUUGAAAAACAACAAUAUUUACCAGAGUCAAAUUUAUCUAGUUAUGAUUUGAAUGAAGAUAAUAUAAGUACUUCGGAUUUUAUAAAAUACGAUAUAAAGAUUCUCGAUAGAAAAUAUUUUAAUCAGAGUAGAUUUGAAAAACUUCUUCAAUUGAAAGUGAAUAAUAGUAUAUUUAAAAUACCACUUUUAGGUUAUACCGAUUAUGAUAAUAAUAAUGGCUCUGAGUAUAUUUCUGAUAUUCUUAUACCGAUUAAGAAAUCAAAUGGACAGCACAUGACAAUAUCGUUAACAAAUUUAUUAACUGGCAAUUUUCAUCUGCUUAAUAGAGAUAAUGAAAAUUCUUUAGCUAUAAAUCAUUCUUCAGAUAUGGAUUCACAACUGAGUGCAUCACAAACAUCAAUAAAAAACGACGGCAGCAAUUCUGAUAAAACUGGAAAACUUUGUGAUUUAGUUACUUUAAAGACUUUUCAUGCAAACGAAGAAGAUAAUAAACAGAUGGUUCCUAUACAUAUAAUACAAAUAAUUAAUAAUGGAAUAUGUUCAAAUAACGACACUAAAAUUGAAAAAAAAUAUAAUCGUAAUAAGAAUUUACAAAAUUUUCGGAAUCAAGGUAAAAGGGUUUCGUCUGUAAGACCUAAAAAUUUAUCUAAUAACCUUCGUAAAACUAAUAAAAAGCUUGAAAAUGCGUAUAAUCAUUUUGAUUCGGAAAUUCUAGAUAGGUUUCUACAAGUGUAUACUCCAUUCACACUUUGA